UUCAAAAUUGCACAGUUGAAAAAAUUGAGUCUUAGUGCAGAGGCAACUUGAGCAUUGAUUUGUAAAUUAUUAGGAGAAAAUUGCUUUUUUUUCAAGAUAAUUACUGGUAAGUGCAAUAAACUGGGUAGUGUGUUUGUUUCUGUUAAAAAGAUUUUUGAUGCAUAUUAUGAAAUAUUGUAUAUUGUUUGAGUUUGAACUUUACUCAGUGGUUGUCUUUCUCAGUAUUUUUCAGUUAGAAGCUGGCGUGAACUGACUUGAGUUUGAGCUUGACUAAUAUAAUCAACGGAACAUAGACUUAGGGCACAUUCGCAGAACUACUAGCUGGAAUGGUCCAGCUCUGCAGGGGAUUCUCGCUAGAGAGCAAUCAACUAAAUCAAUACAGCUGCUUGAAUUAAGAGGCGUGUCGGACAUUAAGCUUUUUUCACUUGUAACUGACUGCACUUUAGCGAGAAUCCCCCUGGAGUAAGACCAACCCAGCUAAAGUAUGAUGUGGACCAUGGGAGUUCAGGAUGACUCCCACAGACAACAAAUUCCAUUGGGCGGACUAUGUCAUCUUGGUGGCUGUUUUGGUUGCGUCAGCUGCUACAGGGAUUUACUAUUCUUUAAGUGGCGGGAAACAGAAGACCAACCAUGAGUUCUUGACAGCUGAUCGAAAGCUAAAGGUGGCUCCUGUCGCUGUAUCUUUACUGGUGUCGCUAUGUUCUGCUAUUUCUAUUCUUGGAGCGUCGGCAGAGAUGUAUUACCAGGGGACGCAAUAUUAUCUCUUCACAUAUUCUCUGGGUCUGGCUGCCAUAGUGGCCAGUGUGACCUUUGUACCUCUUCUCUAUCCCCUACGCUUGACAUCUGUGAAUGAGUACUUGGAACUUAGGUACAAAUCUAAGUCUGUCAGGAUCUUGGGGUUUGUCAUUCUUUUGAUCUACACAGUCCUCAUCAUGUCUGUUGCUAUCUAUGCUCCUGCCACUGCUCUAGAGGCAGUGACAGGUCUUCCUCUGUGGGCUACUAUUCUCAGUGUUGGACUGGUGUCUACUUUUUAUACAGCAUUGGGAGGUAUCAAGGCAGUAGUAUGGGCAGAUGUGUUACAAAGUUUGGUUAUGAUUGGAGGAAUACUGGCUAUCAUCAUCCAGGGGAGCCUUAAAGUUGGAGGCUUGGAAGAAGUAUGGAACAUUAAUGAUGAAGGAGGAAGACUUGAUUUCUUUGAUUUCAACCCAGACCCCACCAAGCGGCAUACUUUCUGGGCCAUCAUAGUGGGAGGCACGCUGCAGCUGGUGGCUUUCUAUGGCGUCAAUCAGGCCAGUACUCAGAGAUACUGCAAUGUGGAGACGGGAGCCAAGGCAAAACUAGUAAUGAUUUUGAAUCCUCCGCUAUGGUUUAUAAUGUACAGCCUGAUAUGCCUGGCUGGGGUUGUGGUCUAUGCUUACUAUGCCAGCAUCAACUGUGACCCUCUGAAGGCCAAGUAUAUUAAGAAUGCAAAUCAGAUCAUUCCAUAUUUUCUGAUGGACCAGCUCAGCUACCCUGGGGUUCCAGGGUUGUUCAUAGCAUGUAUACUUAGUGGAGCUCUUAGCACUGUAUCAUCAGCACAAAGUGCCUUAGCAGCAGUAACUUGGGAGGAUGUCUUCAAACCAAAAUUGAACCACAUUGCAGAGAGGAAGAAAACUUGGAUCAGCAAGGGGCUUGUGAUCUUCUUUGGUGCUCUCUGUAUUGGUUUUGCCUUCCUGACCAGUCAAUUAGGAGGCACUGUGAUGCAGCUGGGGCUGAGUUUUCAAGGCGCGGCAAACGGACCCCUCCUCGGGAUGUUCCUGCUGGGAGCUUUGGUCCCUUUUGCCAACUGGCUGGUACGUAAGCCACUGGGUACUUAA